AUGAUCUCGACUGUGGAGCUGGAUGCCUGUGUGCGGCGAUUGAUGGCCCUGGAUGCCUUUAUCGCAAUUGUCAUCAUGGCUUUCUAUAUGGAACCCAAGCCACACUUCGCAGAGUCCACCUACGACAUCAUAGAACUCUUUGCUGGUCGGGCACGAAUCACCAGGCUUGCCCAGUUUGCCGGGUACUCUGCGAUA